AUGUCUAAUAACACAAGAUCCCAUAGAGAGAACGAAGCAGCCACAGGCUCCCGCGACCCCACCAAGUCACCUCGUGGCAAAACUACCCUCUCCAACACCGCCGCUGUCGACCCAGGCACUCCAACCAGGAAAAGUCCUGCGAGAGGUACACCCACCAGGAAAAGUCCUGCGAGAGCUACACCCACCAGGAAAGCAACUCCUAGUAGACCCGGCACCCCCGCCCGCAAAACCCCAGCCUCACCAAGCACCAGCCAGCCCGUCCCCGACUCCCCCGUUCCCCGCGGCCGCCGCACCCUCGCAACAAAGCCUCCUCGCAAAAACACCAAAGCGGUCGGCAAUCCUAGCCCGGUCCGCAGGUCCUCCAGGACCCCCGCCCCAAUCGACCGCUAUACAGACCCAUGGGUGUCAACCCGAAGGUCCUCCCCCACAAAGAGAGAGACAGGGGAGGGGGGUGGGAGUGUGUAUGAGCUGUCGGGGAAUGUUGGGACCGCGGAGGAGCCGAGUUACCAUUUGAUACCGUGUGAGAGGGCGGGACUCAUAGGGGCGUAUGUCGUACUAUGGGGACUAGACGAGAAGAAGGGAAUUCGUAGGAAGAUGAUGUUAUCGGUUUGGGAGGAGCCUGCGAAGGAAGUGAAACCCCCCAAGGCACCGAAAUCUCCGACUAAGCGUAAAGUUACCAAAAAGGAGGAGUCGCCUAAGAAGUCUAAACCUACCAGGAAGCUAAAGGUUGUCGAGAAAGCCCCCGAGGAGUAUGACGAAGAGGUAGAGGAGGAGGAGGAGAAAGAAGAAUCCCCGAAGAAGGUAUUGCCAAAGAAACCGAGAUCCCCGGUGAAGCCGAAAGCCCCGACUAAAGGGAAAGGGAAAGUUACAGCAGAAGCGGAAUCUCCGGAGAAGCCGAAAGCUGUGAGGAAGCCGAAAUUUCCGGUAAAGCCAAAGGUGCCGGCCAAGAAAGGCAAGGCCCUAGUACAGGAAGUAGAGAAAGUGGUGGAACCCCCAGCGACAACUCCCGAGGCGGAGGAAGAGGACGAAUUAUCCCGACAGGAGCAGAAGGAGAAGCGCCGGAGAGAGCGCCAACUCCGUCUGGCGGGUGUUAAGCCUUCAUGGUAUAGCUCGGACCCGGACGAGUAG